AUGCGCAAUCAAUGUUCGCGGCUUUGUUUCAGGCUCACUUUCUCUAAAAGUAUCGAGAAGAAAAAAAAUGUUUGUUUCGAAACAUGUCUAUGUCAUUAACCUUGACCCGGCGGUGAUGACACUGGCAUUCGAGGCUAGCAUUGAUAUCCACAACACAGUGCGGUACAAUAGGACAUGAUCUUGGUCCGGAUAAUUUCAUUCUCAACUCUCUCAAAGGUGAGGAUUUCAUUAUUGGGAUCAAGCCCGUACUCCUUCAUCGCGUCCUCAUAUAUACCGCACCGCAUCGUGGAUAUCGAUGCUAGCCCCGAAUAUCAGUGUUAUCAUCGCAGGAUCAAGGUUAACGACAUAUCCAUGAUCCGAAAUAAAGAUUUUUUAAACCUCUCGAUGGUUUCCAUAUGAGCCCGAGUAAAUACAUCAUUAGAGGUCAAAAUAAUGUAACUAAACGCAUAACAAAUACCAUACUAAUUAACCAUGCAUGCCACUAGAAAAAAAAAUUGAAAAAAAUCACUAUAAAUUAUCCAUAUUGAAACUAUCCUGUAGACCUUCUCCAAAUUCAAGUAAUGGGUUCUAUACAUCUCAAUAAAUCAAAGAAAUCAUGCUCAUUCUUACUAUUUCUAAAAAUCACAAAUUUCUCUAACUAGAGAGCAUGAAACAAAUAAUGAAUACCAUCAAACAAGAGAGGAUGAAGUUGCAAACCUUUGGUGCACUUGAAUGAGUAAAAUCCCCACAAAACUUACGAAAAUGGGGGAGCACCUCCUCUCUAACUCGCCAUGGGAAGAAAGCCCGAGCUCUGUCAAAUGGUUGGCUCGGGCUCGGGGAGGAGGAAGGCGAGCUGAUUUAUAGCAGGCGAAUUAUUACCGGCUGGUGGCUCCAGCCAGCACUAGGAGUCGCCAUUUAGUACCGGCUGAAGCCACCAGCUGAUACUAAAUGUGCUCGGCUCCAUUUAGUAUCGGCUGGUGGCUCCAGCCAUUCCUAAAUGGUCAACUAGCCAUUGGGCCUGGCUAUCGGUGGCGCACUUUAGUGCCGGCUGGUGGCUACAGGGGUACUGUAGCUUUGCCCGAUACUAAAGAGGCAUAUUAGUUCCGGACCAAAGUGUGCCCGGUACUAACUGUUGCGGACGAAUGAGCAGUUUUCUGGCAGUGAUCUGAUCCAGAAUGUGAUAUGAUGAUCAGUCUGAUGAGGAUCAGUUCUUGCUUGUCAAUUGGCGUUCUGCGGCCCCAUCAGUGCCACCGCCCAAUCAAUCCGAUCAGUGCAGCCCCAUCAAUGCAAACACAUCAGCCCAAGCAAGGAAAGAUGCAACUCGCUCACCACAUGAUGAACUUGUUGGAAAAGGAAGUCAUAUUAUACGCUGUGUUGAGAUCUGAGCUACCUGUGGCUAAGGGAACAAUUGUUUCAACUAAUUCAACCACCUUGGUAGGAGGUCAGCCUCUUGGAAAGCAAUAUUGUGAAGUUAUUGUUAGUUUAAUGCUGAAAAGGGAUGCGAUUCUACCUCGUCCUCAUGCUGAGAUGAACAAUAUGGGUGAUACUCUUAUGAUGGCAAUUGCAUGGCCAUAUAAAAAGUUGAAGGUUAGCAAGGCAUCAAGAUCCUCCUUGGGUGCUGCAGGCAGUGUUGGAAGAAACGCUAAGAACUAGGAAGGAUGCUUCAAGCUGUUUACAAGUUGGAACAUCACAUCAAGAUUUUGUGUUUAUUUUGUUUUGGAGCUCCUGCAGAAUAUUUUGCACAAGCUUAAUGGCUGUAGUGAAGUGUGAUAGUUUGACCUGUAAUGGUAGACGUGGAAAUGCUAACGGCUUACUCAUAUGCAAACAUGAUGGCUUUUGGUUAGAAAUGAUGUAUGUUUCUGCUCAUAGAUGCAGACCUGAUGCUUGUGAGCUAGCUAGCUAGCUUUGUAUGGCUGUAAUGUGCAAUUGGACUAGCUUAUAGCUAGCUAGCUACCUCAUGUAUAUGGAAUUAUGGAUAAUUUAGUAUUAAUGUUAUAUGCUCACAUUCAGUGAA